AUGACCCUAGAUGUUGUCGAAUUUCCUCUCUGUGUGCCACUUUUAUGUUCCUCCACGAAGUUUGCAGGUCGUGAGGAGAUGAGACUAUCAUUUGGAUAUUUGGCUCGAGAGCUUGGUGAGCUAUGUUAUAACUUCAAGCUGGGAGCGCAUUUUCCUCAACUUGAACUCAGCAAAAGAUUAGAUGAGCCAGACUACAGGCUACUCAGUGCUCUAUACCUCAAGUCUGCAUCUUUGCAUACUAUGGGCACAAUAUGUUUAAAUUGUGGUGGCAAAGGUUUCACUAACGCAUAUGUUUUCUGUGUGAAAUGCCUAGAAGUUGCUGUGCACCGCUACUGCCUUGAAAUUGUGACAUUUGAUGAAGAUGUCUAUUGGGUUUGUGAUGACUGUGAAGUGAAGGAGCCAGACGAACUAAACAUCAAGAAAUCUGAUGCCAUCUCAGAAGAAAAUGGGGAUUGCACUAGUUCAAGACAUUGUAAAGCGAGCUCUGAAGUAAAGAUUGGUGUUCCUGAGACAAUAUUAAAGAGGUGUGAUGGUAGGCUUCAGGAACUUCUUCAGCCUCCUGGGAUUGAUUUGGUAGAGCAUUGCCAGAUAGUGGGUGAUACUUCAUGCGUCAAGGAGGAAGGUAGUCCUACUUCAUCGAGAGAUGAGAAAAAUGAGCCAAGACUAGUACAUAGCUCUUCUGAGCAAUCCCAUGAGUCACAGACAAGCAUUGAGUGCAAUGAACGAACUCAAUCAGCUAAUGUUUCUCUAUUGCCAGCUAAGCGAUCAAAGGAAGAAGUUACUGUCCCACUGGCCAAGCGAGCAAGAGAAAAUUUUCAAGCUCGCCAUUUGAAGCAACCUUGUGACACACAUAUUCAGCCUGGCACACAGGAUAAUUCUUCUGGCAUGACUGAAAAGACAAAGAGUAUAUUUUCGUCUGGCAAUCAUCAUGAAAAGGAAUCAGCGAAUGGAAAAGAUAUAAUAUUAACACCUCAAACUAGAACUGUUUUCAAUGAAGAUACUUCUCAAUUUUUGAAAGAUGAACAGUCAAUUGAACCCAAACAUGCUGGCCAGCAACAAGCGAUGCCUCUUAUCGAUUUUAUUUGGAGGGGUAGUUUUAGCAUAUGGAACAAAGAGUAUGAGACUCUUGAUGGACUUGUAGCUCACCUAUCAGUUAAAGCAUGUCAAAAGGUUUAUGAAGAAGCAAGCUUGUUUCCAGCUUUGCUUCAACUGGAAAUGCUCCCAAAAUCUGACAUAUGGCCUAAGAGUUUCACUAAAUCAGAGCCCACUGAUGAUAACAUCGGAUUGUAUUUUUUUCCAUUUGACACAAGAUGUGAAAAGGAGUUCGAUCUGUUGGUGGAGCAGAUGAUCACAGAAGAACUUGCUCUACGAGCAAUCGUAACAAAUGCUGAGCUUUUGGUUUUCACUUCCACAGAGCUGCCCGUGCUAUACUGGAGUGAGUUUUUAUUUGAUCCUUUGUUUCGCUGUCUACAUGUGCUUUCUAUUCUGGUUUCCCCCGAAGAUGAUAUGCUUGCUAAAAGUGAAACCAUAUUUUUGUGCUUCUCAAUAUUUAGUCUAUAUUGUAUUGCUAAAAAAGUACUUCAGGUCCACUUCUAUGUUAGUAAGAGUUCAAACUGA